AUGGCGGAUAAGUACGUGUCAGGGUACCCCCCGCCCCCGUACUACUUCCAGGAGUAUGUAGAUGCGGGUGAGGGGGUAGGCCAAGGGGAAGAUACCGAAAGGGGAUAUCACACGGAAAGUUACCAUUUCUUAAACAGCAUAGCGCAGCAGUACAACAUUUACGACGUUACGGAGAAUGCUCACGUCCACGCCCCAUCCGAUGGGAAUGAAAAGUACACCAAGCAAACGUGCCAACUGGUAAUGGGAAGACCCCCACCAGUGCCCCUCAGAAGUAAUUACAACGUAUUUGGGAUAAACCACCAAGUAGAAAAAAGAGUCGAAGACUUAGAUAGUGAUGAAUUACUAUAUGACGUGAAAAAAAACUUGAAAAAUGAAUUUAUUAAACUUUUUAAAAAAUAUAAAGAUUCCUUUUUUGAUCUUUUCGAUGACAUUGUAAAUAACAGACGGGACGACAAGACAAAAAUAAAAAUGCUCAUAAAAGUCCACGUAAAUUUAUUUCACAUUUUGGCGAAACUGAGAUUCUACCAAAGUGUGAAUAACGUCAUUAACAUUUUGAAGGUGCAGCUGAAGAGACGGCAGAUAGCCAUCGACAAGAUGAAGUUAAGCUUGCUUCGUAUUUAUGGCUAUAUAAAUUUUGUGCAGGAAAAUUUCGCCACUGGGCACGCCAUUGAGGAUGAUGAAGGAGGGAGUCCCAAACGGAAGAGGAAGCUGACCGCGCUGCAGCUCGUUUGA